GCAGUGUGGAUGGCUUGGCAGGUGAGAGUUCUGGAGCUGGAGGACCAGCUUCAGUGUCCCAUCUGCCUGGAGGUCUUCAAGGAGCCCCUGAUGCUGCAGUGUGGCCACUCCUACUGCAAAGACUGCCUGGUCUCCCUGUCCUGCCACCAGGACGCCAAGCUGAGGUGCCCCGUGUGCCGGCAGGCGGUGGAUGGCAGCAGCUCCCCGCCCAAUGUGUCCCUGGCACGGGUGAUCGAAGCUCUGCGGCUCCCUGGAGACCCGGAGCCCAAGGUCUGUGUGCACCACCGCAACCCGCUCAGCCUCUUCUGCGAGAAGGACCAGGAGCUCAUCUGUGGCCUCUGCGGGCUGCUUGGCUCCCACCAGCACCACCAGGUCACGCCGGUCUCCACUGUGUACAGCCGCAUGAAGGAGGAGCUUGCAGCCCUCAUCUCUGACCUCAAGCAGGAGCAGAAGAAGGUGGAUGAGCAUAUCGCCAAACUGGUGAACAACAGGACUCGGAUUGUUAACGAGUCUGAUGUCUUCAGCUGGGUGAUCCGCCGUGAGUUCCAGGAGUUGCACCACCUGGUGGAUGAGGAGAAGGCUCGCUGCCUGGAAGGAAUAGAGGGUCACACUCGUGGACUGGUGGCCUCCCUGGACAUGCAGCUGGAGCAGGCCCAGAGCACUCAGGAGCGGCUGGCACAGGCUGAGUGUGUACUGGAACAGUUCAGUAAUGAGAGUCACCACGAGUUCAUCCAGAAGUUCUACUCCAUGACCUCCAGAGCAGAGCUCCAGCAGCCCCGGCCCUUGGAAGGAGCAUUCAGUCCCAUUUCCUUCAAGCCAGGCCUCCACCAGGCUGACAUCAAGCUGACCGUGUGGAAGAGGCUCUUCCAGAAAGUUUUGCCAGCCCCAGAGUCUCUCAAGCUGGACCCUGCCACCGCCCACCCCCUCCUGGAGCUCUCCAAGGGUGACACCGUGGUGCAGUGUGGGCUUCUGGCCCAGCGGCGCGCCAGCCAGUCCAAGUGCUUUGACUACAGCACUUGUGUCCUGGCCAGCAAGGGCUUUUCCUGUGGCCGCCACUAUUGGGAGGUGGUGGUGGGCAGCAAGAGUGACUGGCGCCUGGGGGUCAUCAAAGGCACGGCCAACCGCAAGGGCAAGCUGAACAAGUCUCCGGAGCAUGGAGUGUGGCUGAUCGGCCUGAAGGAGGGCAGGGUGUACGAGGCCUUUGGCUGCCCACGGGUGCCCUUGCCAGUGACAGGCCACCCCCACCGCAUUGGGGUCUACUUGCACUAUGAGCAGGGAGAACUUACCUUCUUCGAUGCUGACCAUCCUGAUAACCUGAGGCCGCUCUACACAUUCCAGGCUGACUUCCAGGGCAAGCUCUACCCCAUCCUGGAUGUGUGCUGGCACGAAAAGGGCAGCAAUUCCCUGCCCAUGGUGUUACCCCUGCCUGGCAGGCCUGACGCCCAUGGCCCCCUGCAGCCCACCAAGCUGUAGGGCUGCCAUAGUCCUGCCUGCUCAUGGGCCCAUCCCAGAGAGAUACUGAGGACCCGAGGGAUUCCCCUGG